AUGAUUGGCACAGAGCACGUGCCUUGUAUGGGGUCGUUAGAUGUGAGCAACUCAUUUCUUGAUUAUGCCUCAGUUAAAGCUCAUGCGGGUUCGAAGAUUUCGAGGAAAAAGAGAAAAAGUGGGAGUCUUACAGCAAAUUCUGGAUAUUUUUCUUACAAAGCUGUGAGGGUUGUUUUGAACCAGCUCUAUGAGAUGAACAACCCAGCUCGUACUAUAAGUGCCCAUGUCAAUGUUAUAUUAUUUCUUUGGUAUGCGUUGAGAUACUUAUCAUGGUCAAAGAAAGCUUAUAGUUUCUCGAUAUUGUGGACUUACAAUAUGGACUUAACUCUAAUUUUGAACGGCAGCUCUAACGGGGUUGCGAAAAUCAUCAUAAUCAUUUUCAAGAUAACAUGUGAGCUGCCGUUCAAGCCCAUCGUCGCCAGCCUGAGCAAGGAGGAGCUGUGGCUCAUGAUUUGGGACAGUGCCGCCAUAUAUAAUCUUGCCUCCGUCCUCGCCUGUUUGGGCCUUUUGGUUUUCAAGCUCUUUAUAUACUUCCUCUCCAGGCCGCGCUACAUCUAUUUUCUUGAUUUCGCAUGUUACAAACCAAGUCAUGAUUUGAAGCUUCCGGAGCUACUUUAA